UAUUCUUCUCUCUUCGCUUCUGCGAUCACUCUCAAAACUUAAACCUUUCAAAUUCUUCUCUCUUCUCUCUCAAUGCUGCUUCUUCACAACUCAGAACAACAACAACAACAUCAUCAUCAAAGAGCUUAACAAAUCCACUUUCCCUUUACCACCGAACCAAAAAGAAAAAAUAAAAAUAAAAACAAAAAUUCCAACUACCUCUUCCCUUAUUCCAUUCUAUUCGUUCCUUCUUCCUCAAGCUCCAUUAUUCUCAACUCAAUCUCAUACCUUUCUUCCGCUUCUCGAAUCUCCUUCACAAAAAGCUAAAGCCUCUUCAAAAUCCUCGCUUACUUCAAACUCCAAACCACUACUCAUCCAUAUCCCUUUCUUUUUUGUUUGCUUCACAUGGAUUUAAGAACGAGCCUUUACCCCAAACAAAAUCAGAAACCCGUAAUUUGUGGCGGUUCCCAGCUCUGAAACAAAGUCCCCUGCUUUCUGUUUCCAAAACACAAUUACCGGUUUCCCCCAAUUUCUCUUGUUAAAGCAACCGGUUUUUCAGUUCGAAGGUGGGAAAAACGAGGAUUUUGUGUUCCUAUAGCAACGAGUCACGCAUGCUUCACUAAAAAUACUCGCUUUUUACUGUCUUUAUUAUUGUAGUGUUAGUAUAUAAUAAUACAUAACAUUUAUAAGAUUCAGCAUAAGAAUCUUGUUGUGGAGUUUUGAGGAGGAGGAGGAGGAAGAAGAAGAAGAAGAAGAUGGCUAUGGCUGUGGCUCAGCAUCAUCAUAGGGAGAGCAGCAUUGACAAGCAUCUUGAUUCGUCAGGAAAAUAUGUUAGGUACACUGCUGAGCAAGUUGAAGCACUUGAAAGAGUUUACAUUGAGUGCCCUAAACCUAGCUCCUUGAGGAGGCAGCAGUUGAUUAGAGACUGCCCCAUUCUUGCAAACAUAGAGCCCAAGCAAAUCAAAGUUUGGUUCCAGAACCGCAGGUGAUUCAGGUGUAGAGAGAAGCAGAGGAAAGAGGCUUCACGCCUUCAGACCGUGAACCGCAAGCUUACAGCGAUGAAUAAGCUGUUAAUGGAGGAAAAUGAUCGAUUACAGAAGCAGGUGUCGCAGCUGGUGUGUGAGAAUGGGUAUAUGAAGCAGCAGUUGCAUACUCUUCAGCCAUCAGCAGCAACCACUGAUGCAAGCUGUGAUCCAGUGGUUUCGAGUUCAACUACUCAGCAAUCUAUGAGAGAUGCUAAUAGUCCUGCAGGAUUCCUAUCAAUUGCAGAGGAGACCUUGGCAGAGUUCCUUUCAAAGGCUACAGGAACUGCUGUUGAUUGGGUUCAGAUGCCUGGGAUGAAGCCUGGUCCGGAUUCGGUUGGGAUCUUUGCUAUUUCGCAAAGUUGCAGUGGGGUGGCAGCUCGAGCCUGUGGUCUUGUCAGUCUUGAACCUACAAAGAUUGCAGAGAUCCUAAAAGACCGUCCCUCUUGGUUUCGGGAUUGCCGGAGCCUAGAGGUUUUCACAAUGUUCCCCGCUGGAAAUGGAGGCACAAUUGAACUUGUUUACACCCAGACAUAUGCUCCUACCACACUGGCUCCUGCCCGGGAUUUCUGGACUCUUAGAUACACUACAACUCUGGAAAAUGGCAGUCUUGUGGUUUGUGAGAGGUCACUAUCUGGUUCUGGGACUGGGCCUAAUGCAGCUGCUGCUGCCCAGUUUGUGAGGGCUGAAAUGCGGCCUAGUGGCUACUUGAUUCGACCGUGUGAAGGUGGAGGAUCAAUCAUUCACAUUGUAGACCACCUAAACCUUGAGGCAUGGAGUGUGCCAGAAGUGCUGCGACCACUAUAUGAAUCAUCAAAAGUGGUAGCUCAGAAAAUGACAAUUGCGGCGCUACGUUAUAUCAGGCAAAUAGCCCAAGAAACAAGCGGUGAAGUGGUUUAUGGCCUGGGUAGGCAACCUGCCGUUCUGAGAACUUUCAGUCAAAGGUUGAGCAGAGGUUUCAAUGAUGCUGUCAAUGGUUUCAAUGACGAUGGCUGGUCUGUACUGAACUGUGAUGGUGCCGAGGAUGUAAUUAUUGCAGUUAGUUCAACCAAGAACUUUAGUGGAACUUCUAAUCCAGCAAGUUCCCUUACAUUCCUUGGAGGAAUUCUGUGUGCAAAAGCUUCUAUGUUACUCCAAAACAUCCCUCCUGCAGUUUUGGUUCGUUUCCUGAGGGAACAUCGCUCGGAGUGGGCUGAUUUUAAUGUCGAUGCCUAUUCUGCUGCAUCACUGAAAUCUGGCUCAUAUGCCUAUCCAGGAAUGAGGCCUACAAGAUUCACUGGCAAUCAAACAAUCAUGUCCCUUGGACAUACAAUUGAACAUCAAGAGAUGCUGGAAGUUAUCCGUCUUGAAGGACACUCUCUUGCUCAAGAAGAUGCAUUUGCCUCUAGGGACGUUCAUCUCUUGCAGUUAUGUAGUGGAAUUGACGAGAAUGCCGUGGGGGCUUGUUCUGAGCUCAUAUUUGCUCCUAUUGAUGAAAUGUUCCCAGAUGAUGCUCCAUUGUUGCCUUCCGGUUUCCGCAUUAUCCCGUUGGAUUCAAAACCAGGUGAUAAAAAGGAUUCAAUGACAGGAAGUCAAACCCUGGAUUUGACAUCUGGUUUUGAAGUUGGCCCAACAACAAAUGGUGCACGCGAUGCGGUAUCAUGUCAUAGUGCACGGUCGGUGUUGACUAUUGCCUUCCAGUUUCCUUUUGACAGUAGUCUGCAGGAUAAUGUUGCUAUCAUGGCACGCCAGUACAUCCGUAGUGUGAUUUCCUCUGUGCAGAGGGUUGCCAUGGCGAUUUCUCCAUCUGGUAUAAACCCGGCAGUUGGCUCAAAACUCUCUCCUGGUUCUCCAGAGGCUCUUACACUAGCCAACUGGAUCUGCUGCAGUUAUAGUUAUUAUUUGGGGGCAGAGCUGCUGAGAUCUGAUUCUCUCAUUGGUGAGUCGGUGCUUAAACAUUUGUGGCAUCAUCAGGAUGCCAUUUUGUGCUGUUCGUUGAAGUCGGUGCCGGUGUUCAUCUUUGCAAACCAGGCCGGCCUUGACAUGUUGGAAACAACUUUGGUGGCUUUACAAGACAUCACAUUGGAUAAAAUAUUUGAUGAGUCUGGACGCAAGGCAUUGUUUGCAGAUUUUGCCAAGUUAAUGCAGCAGGGGUUUGCAUAUCUGCCGGCCGGAAUUUGCAUGUCAACGAUGGGGCGACACGUAUCAUUCGAGCAGGCCAUUGCAUGGAAAGUACUUGCAGAAGAAGAUAACAGUGUUCAUUGCUUAGCUUUCUCUUUCGUGAAUUGGUCAUUUGUAUGAAAAUCCAAUUCCAGUAUUUAAAGGCCAAACUUUUUCCCACUUCAAUAUGUAUGAACAAAGGAAAAAAGGGCCAAUUUUUUUAGGGAAAAGGGAAUUUAUUUUCGCUGUAGGAUUAGAUUUGCAUCUUAUUCAGUUAUUCUAUUUCAUUUUAUUUCCUAAAAACAGAAAAAAUCAGCUAAAAAGUUUUGUAAAUUUUUGUUAGUGCUAGAAAGAUGUGAUGUGGUCACAUAUUGGUAAACA